AUGGAGGUGGCUCGUACCUCCAUGAUCCAUGCGGCUGCCCCCCAUUUUCUGUGGCCGUUUGCGGCCCGGUACGCCGCGCAUCAGCUAAACCUCUGGCCCCGUGUCUCCUUGCCGGAGACCUCGCCCGCACUGCUGUGGACGGGGAAGGUUGGCGAUGCGUCCCGUUUCCGGGUCUGGGGUGCUCGUGCCUUUGUCCGCGAUACCACCGCGGACAAGCUCUCCGCCCGCGCUGUUCCCUGUGUCUUCCUUGGCUUUGUCCCUGACGCACCUGGUUGGCAGUUUUACCACCCCACCUCGCGCCGUGUCUUUGCGUCUCAGGACGUCACGUUCGAUGAGUCGGUUCCCUUUUACCGUCUCUUCCCCUACCGCACUGCCCCUCUCCCCCCCCCCCCCCCCCCCGCCGCUCUUCCUCGCUCCAGGUGCUCCCCAGGUCCUGCUGGGGGUGGUCCUGCUCGGGGUGCUACUUCUGGGGGUGCUGAGCCUGGGGGUGCGGCGCCUGGGGGUACUGAGCUUGGAGGUACUGAGCCUAGGGGUGCGAAGCUUGAGGGUGUGGAGCCUGGAGGUGCUGAGCCUGCGUGUGAGGGGUCUGGGGGUGCUGAGUCAGGCAGUUCUGAGUCUAGGGGUGCUGCGCCUACGGGCGCUAGAGGUUCUGGAGCUGCUGGAGGUCCUGGUGCUGGUGGCGCUGGAGCUGGUGGUUCUGGGGCUGCUGAGGGUGCGAGCGCUGGAGGUUCUGGAGCUGCUGGAGGUCCUGGUGCUGGUGGCGCUGGAGCUGCUGAGGGUGCUGGCGCUGAGGGUUCUGAGUCUGCUGAUGCUCGGUCUCCUUGGAGCUGCCGCCUUCAUCCGCGUGUGCCUCUCACUUCACAGCAGCUGCACGACUGGUACGGUCGCCGUCAGGGUCGCGCUUCUGGAGCUAGGGGCUCUGCUCCUGGAGGUACUUCUGCUACCGUCCCUGGAGCUGCUGGGGCUGGAGGUGUUGAGCCUGCAGGUGCUGCUGCUGGAGACGCUGCGGCUGGAGACCCUGGGACUGGGGGUGCCGGUUCUGGGGGUGCUGCUGCUGGUGGAGCUGGUCCUGGAGGAGCUGGUGCUGAGGUUUCUGGAGCUUCUGGAGGUGCUGGAGCUGCUGGGGGUGCUGGAGCUGCUGGUGCUGGUGGCACUGCACAGCCGCGCCUACUACGCUGCUAG